AUGUGUAUUUCGUUUAAGGUCCAGGGCCCAGUAAAACCAGUUUACAAACCAAAGUCGAAGUUCAACACCGAAGAUGAGCCUCUGCUCCGUGAAAAUCCACAUAGAUUUGUUCUUCUUCCCAUCCAAUAUAAAGAUAUAUGGGACAUGUACAAAAAGGCUGAAGGUAAGUUGGAAACAAGGAAAUGCUCUUAAAAUACCAAUCCCUGUUUCAAUGCCCAACUUUGAUUUUGAUUUUAAGCUUAUAAUUGCAUAACAAUUUGUGUAUAACUGGUGAGCUUCCUUAGCCUAUUAGACUGUUAGCAGAGAAAGAGUGCUGUCGAAAACUUAGUGGAAGUGUGUGAACAAACCAAACAAGAAAAACCUGUUAAAAUACCAAUACAUGUUUUAAUGUACAACUUUGAUGUUGAUUAAAAGCUUGUGAUUGCAUAAUAAUUUUUGUGUUAAAACUGGUACCUCCCUAUUAAAUAAUAACAUUGUUAGUAGAAAAAAUGGAAUACCCUUGGAAACCUGGUAGAAGUGAAAAACCUGUUUAAAAAACUUUAAUUUGAAAGAUACAGCAACAAAGAAACUUCCUGACCUUAUCUACCAGAAGGUUAUACUUUCCAGUGUGAUGGCAUGCUCUUCUCUUCUUGUAGCUUCUUUCUGGACUGCAGAGGAAGUUGACCUUUCCAAGGACAAAGAUGACUGGGCUUCACUCACGGUAAGUACCUUGCCUUAAAGGCUGCCAUUUUUAUUAACUUUCUUAGUUAAAGAUAUUAGCCAUUAAAUAUAUAUCUCGGCUUCUGAUUGGCUAAAAUCAGCAAAUAGCAUUCACUUUUUUUGGGAAAUGCUUGUGAUAUCAUAUCUGGUAAUAUGAUGUCAAAGCAUAGGCUAUCAUCAGAAAAAGGGACAGUAACCAAGAUGCCUUAAGACAAAUUGCCUUAGCUUAGGCGUUUUUGUGGAGCUCGAAAAUGUGGUGGAAACUUUAACGUCAUGCUUUUCUAAGAAGAGAGUAGCGAAGCUUCUGCCAAAAAACUCAGCAAGAAAAGCAAAAUACAACUCAAUGGAUCUGUCCCUCUGGCUCACUGAAUUGUUUGGUUUUGUUUAUAGGAUGAUGAAAGGUACUUCAUCUCGCAUGUCCUGGCCUUCUUUGCUGCUAGUGAUGGCAUUGUGAAUGAAAACCUGGUAGAAUGCUUCAGUCAAGAAGUCCAGGUCCCAGAGGCCAGGUGCUUCUAUGGUUUCCAAAUUGCAAUUGAGGUAAGAUUAUUUUCUCUUGUUGUAAUAAGCUAUGGUGAUAACUCUGUUUUUAGAGAGAAAGAGAUGACUAAUGAUGUGGGUCAGCUAACUCUUGGGCAGUCCUUAUUAUUAACACAAGUGUUAGAGCUAAGACAGGAUAGCUAGAUGCAACUGUAGAUUGCAGUUUUUAUAUUUUAAAGCUUUCUUUUUUUUAGAAUAUUCAUUCCGAGAUGUACAGUUUGCUGAUUGAAACCUAUAUUGAAGACUCAGUGGAAAAGUAAGUCCUAUCUUUUUUUUCCUGAUCAUUUAACAUUCCAAAGAGCUUCUGCAUUUGCUAAUGCAGGAAAACUUUUAACUGCAUUUCUUUCAGAGUAUGACACUAGGUAAAGUAUUACUUCAAAUAAAAUGUUUUUGUUUCUGUUUUUAUCUUCUUAGGCAAAGGCUUUUCAAUGCUAUUGAAACAAUGCCCUGUGUCACAAAGAAAGCUCAAUGGGCCCUAAACUGGAUAAACCCACAGAGAGUAAGUCAAGUGAAAUUCUGUUAAAACUUAGUCACCUUUGAAAGGUGCCAUAUCAGAGCUGUUCUCUAGCAGUGCCUGGUGACCUUUCCAAGCAAAACUAAGAUCUAGGCUGUUACCAAUUGCACCUUGUACUCCAGAGAUUUAAAUUCCUUAGGCUCCCAACUAUUUUCCUUAAAGAAAACAGCUUUCCAUAAAAUUGUGUAAAUUAAGAUUUUAUCAUUUACUUAUUUUUUCAUGCUUAUGUUUUGAAAUGUAAUAUUUCAGCCCGACAAUUCCAGAUACAAACAUAAGAACUUUAUUUCAGCAAGUCUACAAUAUGACUGAUUAUUGUUUUUUAUUUUUGUAGGCAUCUUAUGGUGAGAGAAUAGUUGCCUUUGCUGCUGUAGAAGGAAUCUUUUUCUCUGGUUCUUUUGCUGCCAUUUUCUGGCUGAAAAAGCGAGGAAAGAUGCCAGGGCUUACCUUCUCAAAUGAGCUCAUUAGCCGUGAUGAGGUCUGUAGUCAUGCUUGAUAUUUUGAUGAAAGUGCACACGCUAGUGUUAAUUUUGAAAAGGUUGACAAGAAUUUUCCAAAGUCUAAAUGACAGAAGAUUAGAAUGUGUAAAACUUAAAAUGUCAGGAACUGUAAGCCACCCUGAAAAGCUUUAAACAAUGGCAAUGUUUCAUAUUUUUGUGAAACAGAGUACAGUAAAAACCAGCCUAAGAUUUUCAAUAGGUUCUUAUUUUACAAAAAUGACAGGGCAAUGCUGAAAAUACAGAAAAAAGAAUUGAGUCCAGGUUUUAGUCAGAAAAAUUUAAAGAAUAAAAAUUGUUACAGUAUUUUAUAGACCCUGUAGCAUAAAAGUGCUAGUACUUUAAUGGAAAGAUAAAUUUGAUGCAUGGUUAUCACUGUAUCCUAGAUAAUUAUUUAAUACAGUAAUAUACCAUAUUCCAAGCCCCAGGAUUUCAAUUCCCAUUGAAAACAGUUUUUCAGUUCCGUGCCCAGAGUUCAUGGGAAACCAUCAGUAACAAUUUUUUGGUUCCGUGAAAAUUCAUGGGAACCCAUCCCCUAAAUGUUUUAAAUUUUUCUUAGUCAUCUGUUUUUUCUUGGUGCUGGAAGUCAUAAACCAGUAAUGUAUAAUGCUUUUUUGGAAUGAUUAAAGAUGGAACUGAUAGAUGCUAAACAUUUCAGUUGCAUGUUUGAGUUGUAACUAAAGAAUAAUGCUCUACUAGUUAAGUAUCGUUGUGGUUCUGUGUGAGAAAACAAAUUCUUUAAGUGGACCCCUAAGGCUGAAAAUGGCACUUGGGAACUAUUUUUUGGUUCUGUUAUUUCAAGGUCACAGUACCGGAAACUUUCGUUACCAUGAAAUCCUAGGGCGAGAUAUUCCAUAUGACAUAUGCCCUGUAGUAGUUAUCUGUGCUGAUGGCUAGUGCCCCUAUCCCCUAUCAAAUUAAGAACCUAAGUAGCCUAAAAUCCUGCUAAUUAAUACCAUUUCUAUAAGAACCUAUUUAGGCUAAAUUGUAAAAAUCUAGGUUCCUUAUACACAGGGUUUUACUGUAUUGUCUUAUUGUAUUGGUUAAUAUACUUCAGAUUUCUAACAAGUGACAUUUUUUUGCAAUUAUGAACUAAUAGAUCUGAAAAUAUGGCAAAAAUAUAUGAUUGUGAUCUAUAACACAGGGUCUUCAUUGUGACUUUGCCUGCUUGAUGUUCACAUACCUCAAAAACAAGCCAUCUGAAGAAAGGAUCAAAGAAAUCAUCAAGGAUGCUGUUGUCAUUGAGCAAGAGUUUCUCACAGAAGCCCUCCCUGUAAAACUCAUUGGAAUGAACCACAACCUUAUGAAGCAGUAUAUUGAAUUUGUAGCUGACAGACUUCUGGUUGCUCUUAAAUGCUCCAAGGUAAAAAUAGCUUAUGUUUGCCUGAUUCUUUACCUUCUUGUCAAAAUAUUUUAAAGGUGUUUUGUCCAAGUAAAAGUGACCAAAAGCUUUAGGGAAUUAAUGCCUUAGUCAAAUCAAAGUGCAACAUUCCCUCCCUACAUGGUAAUAAGCAUUAAUUUGUUCUAAUUCUCUAUUCAAUCCCAAGUCAAACAGGUGUUUAAAUACCCCAUCAUAGGUCCAUUUGAGGUCAUCAAAUUCCCCCAUCAUGAAAAAAACCUAUUUAACUCUUAUACUUUUGCCAGAGCAAAGCUUAUGUGAUGCUUUGCUUUUAGUCAAAAUCUUACCUUAUCUGAACUCUGCUACUGUGAUUAUUUAUCAAGCUGCGUGCAAGUACACCCUAGUUAAAAUUUAUACUCAGUAUGAACAGAUUAAUUUCUACAAGGGCAGGGUCAUAUUACGGGAAGUUAAUAGAGUUACAAAUAUUAUUCUUUUUAUUUUGACAGGUCUUCAAUGUUCAGAAUCCAUUUGAUUUCAUGGAGAACAUUUCCUUGGAAGGAAAAACAAAUUUCUUUGAGAAGAGAGUAGCAGAAUAUCAGAAGUCAGGAGUAAUGAGCAGAAAGUCAUCUACUACAUCAGAACAUGUAUUCAAAACAGAUGAAAAUUUCUAA